AUGGUCUUGACACAAGCACCUGUGUUAUCACCAGCUGACAGAAUGGGAAUUUAUGUAUUUCUUCUUAGAAGGACUGUGUUGAAAUAUUCUGAUAAAAUGAGAUGUUUUCGAAAACGUUCAGCAAUACCAGUUGUAGGAGUGCUAAUAAUUUGUCUACUAUUCGUGAAUUUGUACAUUGAGGAUGAAUAUGCAAUGGAAGACGACAAGCGACUACGUGACACAACAACUCAUCAGUUGAACUCAGAGAGAUACCUGCACACAAUUAGAGAUUUCUCUAACUUUCCAUUGUCUAUAAAUGUAACUUAUCGCAUUUUAGCUGGGAUGCCAUUAUCAAGAAAAAGAUACCUUACAAUUGGACUGUCAUCUGUAAAACGGAAAAAAGGCAAUUAUUUACUAGAAACAAUUAAAUCCAUUUUUGAACAAUCAAGCUAUGAGGAACUUAAAAAGAUUUCCGUAGUUGUUCAUCUUGCAGAAUUUGAUAUGAUCUGGUGUGAGAGCAUAGUAACGGAUGUAUCUCGAAAAUUUUCCCACCACAUUAUUGCUGGUCGAUUAACAAUUAUCCAUACACCUGCAGAAUAUUACCCUAUGCUGAAAGGUUUAAAACGAAAUUACAAUGAUCCAGAUGAACGUGUGAAGUUUAGAUCCAAGCAAAAUGUUGAUUAUGCUUUUCUCCUAAAUUUCUGUGCUAAUCUAUCAGAUUAUUAUAUGAUGCUUGAGGAUGAUGUCAGAUGUUCCAAGAACUUUCUGACUACAGUAAAUAAGGUAAUUACUUCACAUACAGGAGGGUACUGGGUCUCUUUAGAGUUUUCAAAGCUUGGAUACAUUGGUAAACUGUAUCAAUCCCAUGACCUACCAAGAUUAGCCAACUUUUUGCUAAUGUUUUACCAGGAAAUGCCUUGUGACUGGUUGCUGAUUCAUUUUAGAUACCUUUUGGCUCAGAAAGAUGUCAUUCGUUUUAAGCCAUCUCUCUUCCAACACAUGGGAUAUUACUCAUCUUACAAAGGUGCUGAAAACAAACUUAAGGAUGAUGACUUUGAGGAAGACUCAUUUGAUAUACCUGACAAUCCUUCAGCCACUAUCAACACAAAUAUGAAUGUAUUUGAAAAUUAUGAGGCUUAUAAGGCAUACAGCAGCACUGAAGACUAUUUCUGGGCAAAAUCUCCUUCAAGCGGUGACUUCUACCACAUAGUAUUUGAAAAGCCUGUCAAAAUAAGUAAAAUUAAAGUCAGUACUGGAACAGAAGACAGACAAAAUGAUAUCUUACAUCAUGGAACAUUAGAGGUUGGGGAAAGAUUAGUUGGAAAUAAAAAAAGCAGAAAAUGCACAACUUACCUCAGAUUAGGUGAUUUCACAAAUGGGAACUUUGAAAUUGAAAAUGUAGAUCACAAAGUUCUAUUCAAUAUUGACUGCAUUCGAAUUCUUGCAACUAAAAAUCAAAUUGAUUGGCUAAUAAUCAAGAGUAUUAGUAUCUGGACUGAUGACUCAGCAAACUAA